ACAUUGAGGAGGUGUGAGCCAUGACAACAGGGUGAAUACAACGACUUUACGUGCACAAUAACAUUUUGAAUCGGAUAUAGAUAAUGGAUCAUGAUAAAAGCCAUAUCGCUUAACGUAAGGAUUUGGAAAUUGAACACAGUGCAUGCAAGGCUCUCCAUGGUAAAGAUAUGGCAUUCACAAGGGUGACAGAGCCAUGCAGAUGGCAGCGUACAGAGUGGCUCUCUGCCAGGUUGGGGUUGGGCAGACCCAGGUCCAGGGCUGACCGUGCCCUCAUGGCCCCCCUGCCCCACCUCCUCUCCCCCUGCCCCAGAGCCGGGGCUCGGACCCUGUUCAGCGAGACAGGGGUCUGGGACAGGGACUAUAAAGCAGACACCAGACGCAGGGUGGAGCAGUGGUGGCACCCCCGUAUCAUGGAGCAGUGGCAGAGGGAUACGCUGGAGGAGAGUUCCCGUAGGAAUACGUUUUAUGUCCUGUCUAUGUUCCCGUACCCCUCUGGCCGUCUCCACAUGGGCCAUGUACGGGUCUACACCAUCAGUGAUACCAUCGGACACUUCCAGAGGAUGAGGGGCCACCAGGUGCUAAACCCAAUGGGCUGGGAUGCUUUUGGACUCCCAGCAGAGAAUGCUGCCAUCGAGAGAGGCCUUGACCCAGAGGAAUGGACUAAGAGUAAUAUCCAGUCCAUGCGGGAGCAGCUCGACAGCCUAGGGCUCUGCUUUAAUUGGGACAAGGAGGUGACCACCUGCCUGCCAGACUACUACAGGUGGACCCAGUGGCUGUUCGUCAAGCUCUUCAAGGCAGGACUGGCCUAUCAGAAAGAGGCGGUGGUGAACUGGGACCCCGUGGACCAGACGGUGUUGGCUGAUGAGCAGGUGGAUGAGAGCGGGCGCUCCUGGAGGUCUGGAGCUCUGGUGGAGCAGAAACUACUCAGGCAGUGGUUCAUUAAGACAACCAACUACGCCAAGCCCCUGCUGGACGCCCUAGCAGAGCUGCCAGAAUGGUACGGGGUCAAGGCCAUGCAGGCCAACUGGAUUGGAGACUGCACCGGCUGCUACUUCGACUUCCACCUCAAGGUGAAUGGGGAGGAGACGGGGGAGACUCUAGCAGGCUACACCUCCAGCCCAGAGGCAGUGUUUGGGGCUGCCUACCUGUCCAUCCUCCCCUCCCACAGAUUGCUCCAUGGUACCAGCCCAGUCCGCUCAGCCCUGGAGAGAGCCCUGCAGACACUGUCCAGACCUGACUGCCUGACAGAGGUCACCGCCCACAACCUAUUUACCGGUCAGGAACUUCCCCUGAUCAUCUCCAGCAAGCAGGAGUUUGAGGGUCAUCUAGACACGGUCAUAGGUAUCCCUGACAGCAGUGUGGAGGAUGCUUCUGUGGCCAGGGCUCUGGGUCUGAGCUGGAGCCCAGUCCUGAAGAGCCAGGAGGAUGGAACGCACACACUGCUCAACUCUGCUGAGUUCACAGGCCUCAGCAGGGAGGAGGCUUUUGACUCCAUUACCCAGAAGGCCAGAGAGAGAAAAGUGGGUGGCCACCUGACCAGCUCCAAGCUCAGGGAUUGGCUUAUUUCCCGGCAGCGGUACUGGGGAACGCCCAUCCCCAUGGUGCAUUGUGGGUCUUGUGGUCCUGUGGCGGUCCCUGAGGAUCAACUUCCAGUCACCCUGCCCAAACUACUGUCUCUUACGGGGAAGGGGGCAUCCCCUCUGGAGCACGCUGAUGACUGGAUCAGCUGUACCUGUCCCAGGUGUAAAGGGCCGGCCAGAAGGGAGACCGACACCAUGGACACGUUCGUGGACUCAUCCUGGUACUAUUUCAGAUACACUGACCCCCACAACCAAGACAGGCCUUUUGAGCGCUCCCUGGCAGACCACUGGCUUCCUGUGGACGUGUACAUUGGGGGGAAGGAGCAUGCUGUUAUGCACCUGUACUACGCACGCUUCCUCAGUCAUUUCUGUAGGGAUCAGGGCUUAGUGGAACACAGGGAGCCUUUCAAGAAGCUGCUGGUGCAGGGCCUCAUCAAGGGCCAGACGUUUAGAGCUGCGGACAGCGGACAGUACCUGAAGAGAGACGAUAUCGACUUCACAGGUGAGGAGCCGGUGCUGGUGGGUAGCAAGGCCGGGCUGCAGGUGACGUGGGAGAAGAUGUCCAAGUCGAAACACAACGGCCUGGACCCUCAGGAGGUGGUGCAACAGUAUGGCAUCGACACUGUCCGCCUUUACAUCCUCUACUCUGCUCCCCCUGAACAGGACAUCCUCUGGGACGUCAAGACGGACGCUCUGCCCGGGGUGCUGCGGUGGCAGUCUCGUCUGUGGGGGCUGGUGACCAAGCUGAGGGGGGCUCGGCAGGAUGGGGACGUCCCCAACACCUUGUUGCUGAAGAGGAAGGAGCAGGCAGAGGCCAGGAAAAUCUGGGAGAACAAGAACUAUGCUGUGGAACAGGUCACAGGUCACUUCACAGAGGACUUCCUCCUGAAUGCAGCAAUUUCUCGACUCAUGGGACUCACCAACACACUCUCUAACGUGUCGCCUCGCGUGCUGCAGCACAGUGUGGAGUUUGAGGAAGCUCUGGCCACUCUGUGUGUGAUGACCGCUCCCAUGGCCCCACACCUGGCCUCCGAACUGUGGGCAGGGCUGAGCCAAGUUAGGAACCCCCUGAGCCCUCUCCUCUCCCGCGGAGGCGACGUGCUACAGCAGCCCUGGCCCACCCCAGACCCCCAGUACCUGGAGACCCCUGAUACCCUGGAGCUGGCUGUACGGAUCAACAACAAGGUGUGUGGGACGGUGUUGGUGCCUCGACAGGUGGCCCAGGAUACGGAGCAGGUACGGGCUCUGGUUCUGGGGAGCGAGCUGGGACAGCGUCUCCUAGGAGACAGGACCAUCAAGAAGGCCAUUCUGUCCCCUAGGACCGCCCUCAUCAACUUCCUCAUAGAGGAGUGACCACUCAGUCCUGGAUGCUGAUUGGACUGUCAUGUCAAUCAGAAGACCGCAGCCACUCACAGACUUGAAGGCGGGGACAUCAUAUGUACGGAAGGACUAUUUAAGACUAUUUAUUUGAACAUGAAAACAAGAACUAGUAUGAACAGACAUUUUUGUAAAACAAAUCAAAUAAAUAUUUUACAUUUGA